AUGCUGUCGGAGGACCACAUCGACUCAUGGCGUCAGCGCGUUCCCAGUCGUCUUGAUCGUGAUGAUCCUUUUGAAGGCGAUGGAUUUGGCGAACGCCCUGCAACACGACUAACCUUCCGUGACACAUCUCCUCCUCGACGUCGUCCUUCUACACGUAUGAGUUUCCUCCGCGCCGCAACCCCUUUGUUUGGUCGCUCUUCUACACCUUCCACUCGCCCUGCUUCUGGCAUGACAGAACGACGUGCGGAGAGUAACCGACGGGGUUUGCUCAGUCUCAUGAGUCGUAAGCGCAAGAGAAAAGAGCAAGAGGUCGAGAUUCCUCGUGAGCCUGUUCGCUUGAACUUUUUGUUUGUCGGAAGUAAAUCGUCCGGACAGACCUCUCUUCUAUUCCGAUCUCGCUAUGGUUACUUCCCACACGCAAGUUUGAUCUCUCCUCAUUGGGUUUUCGAAAAGUUGACUUACAUCGAAUGGGAUGCUAUCUUUCUUUGCUUCGACGUCUCGGCAAAAUUGUCCCUAUAUACAAUCAUCCAAUGGUGGCACCAUGCCUCCAAUGGUGGCUUCGCCAAGUCUGCAAAUUUCGAAUCACUGCUGUAUCUCGUCGGUUUGAAGAAAGACCUUCGCGACCAGUGCUUUUUGGAUGACCAUCAUUCUGGAUCUGAGGACUCUUCUUCGGAGGUGAUGGCGUAUCCUACUUGCUGCGUCUGUCCUACUGAAGCUUCAUGGCAAGCGAUGCGCAUUGGAGCUCAGAGAUACGUUGAGUGUUCAGCUGCUACUGGUGAAGGAAUGAAGGACGUUAUCGACGAAUCUGCACGAGAUGCUAUGCGAAAGAUUGUCGGAGCCGAGUGGCUCGAAGAUGAAGUUGUCGCCCCCAAGAAGAAGCGUCGUUUCUUCUAA